GCAACUUCGCUAGUUUUAUCGAGUUUCUCAGUUGACUGACGAUAUUCGCUGCCAAGACGCCGUUUGCGCGAUUGAGAGAUCUGAACUAUCUGAGCUUUGCGAGUAGCACACCUUGUGAGGCAGCCGCGCACUCUCAAGGCAAUUUAGCCCCAAGUGCAACAUAUUUAGUAUUAUUCCAUACGCGAUCAAAAUAUCGAAAUAUUUAGCGACACUCGCGAUCGCUAAGUCGUGAGCUUGUUGCCAUUUUCUUGGGGACUCUUGGUUUUGCGUGGUGCGUGGGAGAAUCAAAACAUCGACACAGCCAGGCAGUGGAGCAAUUUAAUAAAUUCAAAGAAAUCUUUUUCGCUGAUUUCGGCAGAAGUGCGCUGUGUAUAGAUAUUUUGUUGAUUCAAUAGUGUUGAGGGUCAUUGCUGGUGUAGAGUCACCAAUACUAUUCUUAGCGCUUACACGCUCGACGGGGAGUAGUAAUUAUUGAAUCGCGUGUUCUGUCGGUGCGACCUGGGAACGAUUCGCGUCUGAAAUGGGGGAGAGCAAUGAUUUUGGCUACAUCAAGAACCACUUAAACCAUCAUCACAAGCAUCAUCAUUACCAUCAUCACUACAAUAAGCGAGAUGAUGACCGGAUCGAUAGUGAUGCGCGAUCGGUGGACUCAGUCGCCUCAUCAUCGAGCUCCUCCAUGAAAAUCAGCUAUUCAGUGAAUUCGCAAAGUGAAUACGGUUUCGCUCUUUGCUCGGCCCAAAAAGCUGGCAAGGAAUUGUCACAUGUUCAACAAAUGCGCCUCAAAUUCGAAAAUAUCGAAAGUGAAUUCAAAUACCGUCCACCACCGCGAUUCAUACCUGAAAUAGUACCGAAAUCGAAACGAGAUUCCGGAAAGGAUCAAACGGAUAUGUCGCAAGAAGAUAGUGAAGUGCCCUCGGAAGAUGAAGUUGAUGAUUUUGGUGAAUCUGAAGAAGUUGAUACAGAAAAUGGUGUUGAGCAAGCGGAUCUAGAUGAACCUCCACAAUCACCGAGCAAGUUUAGGGUUGAGCUUGAAAUACCAGAGAUAUCAGUCGACGAAGUCUACACGAAGGAUGAUAGCAACUACGUUCACACAAGCGGAGCUGAUAGCAGUUAUCUGCAUGAUAGCGGCGUCCAUACACUGCGUGGCGGUGGUAUUGGUUUCAGACCACACAGUCAUCCAGUUCCCGAAGCAACAAAUCGACAUGUAGUCUAUAAAUCAUACUCCUGUAAGGAGCGUAAACCCAUCAUCACGAAGGAGGAGUUUGCCAGCGCUGCCAAUAAGCAACUCGACAACAACAUUGAAUCCCAUGAAUGUCACAUAAUCAACGAGCUGAUAGCGACCGAACAGAGUUACGUUGACACAUUGAAGCGGGGCCUUAAAAAUUAUGUUAGCAUCUACGAAAAUGAGAUAAAUCUUCCAGCUAAUCUGCGGGGCAAAAAGUAUUUCCUUUUCGGAAACAUCGAACAAAUUGUGGAAUUACACGAGAACGAACUGUUACCGAUGUUGAAUGAGAACCGAAAUGCUGUUGCGAAAAUAUGUGAGAGGUUUUACGAGUUAUUAAUGGAAAACAGGUUUUAUGGAUACGUCCUGUACGCCAUAAACAAAAGUAACUCAGAGAAAAUUUGCAUAGAGGAAAAGCUUUAUUUUAAGAAUAUUCAAGAACUUGCUGGUGAUAAGUUAGGUAUUGAUAGUUUCCUAGUCCAGCCAAUCCAAAGACUGCCACGAUAUGGUUUACUGUUUGAGGAAUUGAUAUCGAAAUACUUCAAAGGUGACAUAGUAAAAUACAAAACUGAAGUGGCUCUCUGCUGUAAAGUAGAGAAGCAUAUUCGGAACCUGUUGGAGACCGUGAAUUCAGCCAUGCAGAUUAAUGAUAUUCAGGAAUGUUUCGACAUAAACCUACUCUACCAGGGCUGUUUCAAACGAUGCUUCGACUUCAACAAUUACGACCACGCCCAACGGCGGACCUACAAAUGUCGCCUUUUCAUAUUUGAAAGAGCCGUCGUUUACACCGAAAUCAUAAAAGAGAAAAAGCUAAUAUACCGCGGCUAUUACCCCAGGGAGAGGAUAGGAAUUGUGGUUGGCAAAAAGAAUUUCUCACUUUUCUACCAAAAACGAAAGAUACAAGAGUGUGACUUCUCCGGCGAAUCGCAGGAACCCUGUGUGGAUCUUAUCAUGGCCAUGAUGAGGUCCUUUGCUAUUGAAGAGAAAGAGAAAAUACAGGAGAAAUACCAAAAAGUCAGUGAUAUCUUCAGACGUCCGGGCCCCAGACUGCAACUGCAUCCUUCUAGUCGGUACAGUACUGAUAGCGGGGUAGGAUCUGUUCUUAGUGGUGCGUCAAAUACUUCGGAUGAAGCAAAUCCCCGAACGACGUGGUAUACAGAGUCAUUUGUGACGUCUGGAGCGUGAUUGUUAUUUGUUUGUAGUUAGCAAUGUAAAUGUACUGAGUUAAGUUGUGAUCUUUACAUUAUAUGUAUUAAAUGUUAGGAAUAAAAACUAAUUCUAGUGUAAAUUAGA